UUUACCUUUUUCAUUCCAAAAUAUCUCUCUCUCUAUCUCCAAUCAAGUGUUGCUCUCUUUGCGAGCAGCUUCCAUGUCGCGUAGUUGCUCACAGUGUGGAAACAACGGCCACAACUCUCGCACAUGUCCAACAGAGAUAACCACCACCGGCGACAACAACGACGGCGGAGCAGGAGAGAAAGCCAUCAUGCUUUUUGGCGUCCGCGUCACGGAAGCUUCAUCAUCUUGUUUUAGAAAAAGUGUUAGUAUGAACAAUCUCUCUCAAUUCGAUCAAACUCCUGAUCUCAACCCCGCCGAUGACGGUGGUUACGCUUCAGACGACGUCGUUCACGCCUCCGGUAGAAACCGCGAACGCAAACGAGGAACUCCAUGGACAGAGGAAGAACAUAGAUUGUUUCUUACUGGAUUGCAUAAAGUUGGAAAAGGUGAUUGGAGAGGCAUUUCAAGAAACUUUGUUAAAACUCGAACACCGACUCAGGUAGCGAGUCAUGCUCAGAAAUAUUUUCUCCGGCGGACUAAUCAGAAUCGUCGUCGUCGUAGAUCAAGCCUCUUUGACAUCACUCCCGAUUCGUUUACAGGUUCUCCAAAAGAAGAGAAUCUUUUGCAUACUCCAUUAGAUGGAUCAAAACUAAUCCGUCCAGUUCCGGUUCCGAUUCCGAUUCCUCCGUCGCGGAAAAUGGCAGAUUUGAAUCUUAAUCAGAAAACUCAGCCGACAACGGAGAUGUUUCCGUUGUCGUCAUCAUCCAAUGAACAGAAGGCACGUGGCUCACGUGCCUCGGGGUUCGAGGCGAUGUCGAGUAAUGGAGAUAGUAUAAUGGGAGUGGCUUGAUGAAGAAGAUAAUGUUUUAAUUAAUUUAUAUUGUAUAAGAUAAGAUCUGAAUGAUGGUUAAUGUGAAAUUUGAGAAUUAGGCUAAUUAGAUACUUUGAUGAUCAGACUCAAGUGAGUUAUUAAAGUUUGAAUUAGUGU